UAUGUGUUUCCUUCUAUACAUCAACCUCGUAUGAUUGUUCAGUGCAUGAUCGCAAGACAAGUUCUUUACCUCUGUCAUGUGAUCUAUUUCAUUAUAUAUAUAGCCAGCCUGAUCCUGUCUCUGAACACCUCUCCUUCACCCAACUCAGACGAACUCUAGAGCACCUAUAUCAUGGAUUCAAAUACUUUCCUGGGACCAUACAUGAAGGCGCUGGAGGCGCAGAGGCAGCUGCUUCAUAAAGCUCAGUCGCGUCGUGGUCAGCGACUGCACAACCGCGAAUCGCGAGAUGAGGCGUAUAACACUUUCAUGAUGGGAUACCUUUCGACGGUGAUGCAGAGUCGACAACACGAAAUCCAUUCGUCCUUCGUACCGCCAGCUUACGCACCUUGUGCCACAUCCAUUGUCGAUUUGACACCUAUCUUCAUCAAGGACCUCCAGCUCGAGACUCAUCAUCGCGGCAGAUUCCUCACUCUGAGGACCAUAACCCCGCCUAACAGGAUGAGUGCUAUCAUGGCAAUUACGGAAGAUGAGAAAGAUGACGUGGUACUGCUGAUGAUCUAUCAACAGGAGGACGAGGAAGUUCGGAGAGCAACCGAUUUCUUUGGCCAAGGUACAGUCCUGAUCGUCAAGGAGCCUUACUUCAAGGCCACGUCAGAUGGUCGAUACGGCCUUCGCGUGGACCAUCUGUCGGACAUCGUCUGGACCAAACAUGACGACUCCAUGGUACCUGCCAAGUGGCGAUCUCGAAUGCUAAAGGUGAAAGCCUCGGUGCAGGCCUUAAAGAAGAAAGGCAAUGAUGCAGUGGCACAGAAGCGUUACCAUGAGGCCAUCGAUUUCUACUCCGAGGGUAUUGACCAUGAAAAUGUCACGGAAGAGGAGCUUGCCAUGCUCAAAAGAAAUCGAGCGCUAGCAUAUCUGAAGACUGGACAGUUCGAUGCAGCGCUUCUUGACACGGGGUUUCCAUCCUUUGGUGCACAGCCUAACAACAAGGCACUCUUCCGUGCUGCUGAUACUCUCUACAAUCUUGAACGAUACGAUGAAUGCUGCCAGACUCUCGAGCUAUUCUGCUCCGCCUUCUCUAAUGACAGCGAUGGUCCAACUGCCCUAGCAAGAGCGCGUGAUAGGAUCACGGAGCAAACAACCGGCAUCUAUCCUUUCAAGAGAAUGCAGGCUUUAGCUCGAACUAUGCGCCCUCCUCAGUUGAAUCAUGCUACGUUCACUGGGCCUGUCGAGGUGCGGCAGACUGCAUCCAAAGGGCGCGGUCUGUUCGCUACUCAGGCCAUCAAGGCUGGCGACCUGCUUCUGUGUGAGAAGGCAUUUGGCUACGCAUACGCCGAAUCAGAAGGGUCCGUGGUGAAUCGAGACACUUCGAAGAUCUCUCUGUUGAUGAACAUUGAAACAAACCAAGGUUUCUUGGGCACGCAAGCUGAUCUCUUGACAAAACUGGUUCGAAAGCUAUGGUGUAAUCCAUCUCGCGCACCAGCAUUCAAGACAUUGUUUCAUGGCCAGUAUGAGUCGCCCAGCACACCAUUUGUCGAUGAUAAACCAAUUGUCGAUACCUUCCUCGUCGAGCGUAUCAUGACACUCAAUGUCUUUGGCUGCCCAGACUCUAGCAUCGGCAUAUGGAAAGACACAAUGAUGGCGGCGAGUCGAAAAGAAGAUAGUGUGCACCACAGCUCCGGUUUUUGGAUCAAGGCGUCCUACAUCAAUCACUCUUGUCGUAGUAACGCGCACAGGUCCUUCAUUGGUGACAUGAUGGUAGUCCGCGCAACCAGAGAUCUCGAGCCCGGCGCCGAGAUCCUCUUCACCUACAGACCUGCAAAGAAGCUUGAAAAUGUAUUUGAGCACUGGGGCUUCCGUUGCGAGUGCACCAUCUGUCUUGACACCAAAACGACCAAGCCAGCGACCACGAAGCAGCGACAACAGAUUCACAAGAGGCUAGAGCGAGAUUUCGAUUUAGCUCUAAAUCAUCCUGAUACAAUUCGCAAUAUCCAGCGGACACUGGAUGCUCUGCAGAAGACAUAUCCGCAGCCAACAAGCGCCGUUCCACGUGUGAAAAUAUUUGACCCGCAACUGGCCCUGACACGCUUCCUCAUCCAAGACAAGAAGUAUAUGGACGCUCUGGUGCACGGCAAGAGCGCGCUCGAAUCACUUGGCUUCGUCGUGACAGGCUUCGAAGCAUCGGAUGUUGAAUUCCGUGUCGUUACUUGGGGCCACUUUUUGGAUCACGUAGUCGAGGCUUUCCAGCAUGUACGCUCCGCUUUUCGGGCAAGUGGUGCGGAAAAGAAAGCAAUACAGGCAGAGGGAUACGCCAAGGUUGCCUAUAGAAUAGCUGUUGGCGAAGACGAGACGUAUGAUCCUUCUUACGACCAGAAGAUUAUCAAGCACUUUACUAUAGGCUGAGGGGAGCAGGUCGAGCAAGAGACUGACUGCUCAUUGCCCGUCUUUGGAUUCAUUGCAGGUCUUUGGAUUCCUGACCAUUGAGACUAGGGAAGAGCUGUCUACCAACAGGCCGACAAAUGUAAUGAUUACCAUGAAGUUCGGUAACCAAAUGUUUUGGGAAGGGGGAAGGAGUA